AUGAAGGCCCUCACAGGUUACUACAGAUACACCGAUAUUUGGUUCGAUUGGCCCAGCACCUUGCCCAACCCCGAAGACACUGACGCAGUAAAGGCCAUCCUUGCUCACGAUGCCCUCGUCCAUCCCGAUCACCCACUUCACGUUGAGGGUGUGGAUGGAGCGCAGCUAUACAUCGGCACCUUUGAGAGCGGGGAAGCUAGGUUGCUCUUCUCCUCCGCGCAAGUGGACUAUAUUCGAUACUGGCUGCACGCCAUCGGGAUGACCAAGGAAAUCAUCCCACUGCCAUACUCUGACUGCCUCUUGACUACGACGGACCUCAAGACAGUGACCACUAUCACCUUCGCCGAUGGAUUUGCUGUGAGGAAUGGCCUCAAGAUGGUCAACAAUAACAACAAAAAGCUCAAAGGAUCCCACUUUAACCAGACCCUGAAGUAUCGCCGGAGUGCCUUCGAGCGUGUCCAGGGUCUGUGGAGUGCUCAGAAAGGCGUCUGGUGCGCAAUCGACUUUGAGGCUUGGGAGCGUGAUCAUACUUUGCUCACCGAAUUCGGAUGGCGCCUCGUCGGCUGGAAGGAUGGUAACAAAGUCGAGGAUCAUGGUCAUCUGGUCGUCAAUGGGUCACAUCGUAAUGGCCAAUACGUACCCGACAAUCGCGAUGGUUACCGAUUCGGCGAAAGCCAGAGAUUGUCGCGUAAAGAAUUCAAACAAAGGAUCUGUGACUUUGUGAAAGAUCUCCGGGACACAUAUGGACGCGUCUUCCUCAUCUUCCAUGACGCAGGUCAAGAUAUCAAGUAUCUCAAUGACGUGGGAGCACCGCUGGACAACAUCCUGUACAUGCUACCCGAGCCAAUGCCUGAGGAAGGAGUAUUCGUCAUCGACACAUCAGAACUUUUCGCAGGUCUCAUGGGGGAGGACGGUGGAAACCGACGUUCACUUGAAAAGACGUGCCGCCUACUUCAACAAGACGCAGUCUUGCUCCAUAACGCUGGAAAUGAUGCCUGGUGGACCUUGGCCUGUCUGAUGGAAAUGGCUGGGGGCGAAGUCCUGGACGUUCAACGAGAACGUCGAUGGCCAAAUCAAACUGCAAGCGGCAGCGUAUGGGUUAAAGUACAGCCUGGACAAGAAACUAGUGACGACGAAGACGAAGAUGUCGGAGACGAACCUCCGAAGUUGGGCUACGACCCUACAACUGGCAAGUGGUACCGCACGGAUAUGGACAUGGAUAGCGACGACGAUAUGGAAAUGUGA